AUGAAAGAACAAGCAGAGAUUCCAGAUAUCAAUUUAUUAAAAGAUACCAUUUUUGAUUUGCCGAACAGUGUUAUUUUAAAAAUAAUAAAUAAUAGUAUAGAUCUAAAAAAUUAUAAAAUAAGAAAAGAAGCCCUUAACACUUUAAGCAAAUGUUUAUCUUUAUUUAUUUUGUAUAUAACUGAUGGAGCAUUAGAACAUUGUGAAAAUGAAAAAAGAUUUACAAUUUUUGUUCGAGACAUUUUAAAUUCCUUAAAUGAUUCAUUAUUUCUAGAUAUAUACGAUCAAUUAAAAACACAUGUAGCUAUACAAGAAGAAAAUAAUAAAAAAACUACUUCCAAUAAUAAUAGUGGUGCAAAUGCCACAAAUAAAGAUACAGAAGGUGAACAAAAUAAUGAAAACCCCAAAGAAAACGACGAUUUUGAUAUAUUACUUCAAGCUUUAGAAUAA